UGAAGCAAUAAGGGGACUACCGUAUACUUAGUACAUUAUAGUUAAAUUUAAAUCUUGUCUGUGUUUUUGCUAUAUAGGUAUAUAUUCACUGCAGUGUACAUGGCUAACAAUAUAUUAUUACUUACUGUGAUGCGUUUAAUAGUGCCAACAAAGAAAAGGAAUAUAUUAUAAAGAUCUAUAAAUUUAGAGACCCUGAAUUCAAUAAAUCAAUAAUGAUUUGGCAUCAUAAAAGUCCAAUUGCUUUUAAUUUAUUUUUAGUACUGGUGCAAUGCUUUCAUGGACUUUGGAUUUCACUCACCUGUCACAACAACAAAUGGAGUAGAAAGCCUUAAUAAAUCAUUAAAGCACUUCUAUUUAAAACUGGCAAACCCUGGAACACUGAGCACAUUAAUGAGAGUGGUCAUCCAAGAUUUUCUACCAGAUUUGUUUCAGAACUAUGUGAUGUUGAAUUACAGGUAUGACAAAUCAAUUUUAUCAUUAUGCGGUGGUUUUCAACAAUUUAUUAAACUUUUAAUAUGACACUGUGAUUAGGUAUGUCACUAUUGGGUUUUAUGCAUUAGUUUUGAAAUGAAAUUUAUUUCUUUUUGGAUUGAUUAACGAUUAUAUCAUAUCAUUAUUUAGGGCAAGUUCCAACUUUAAAUCCUAUGAUGCAAGCAUUCCAAAUUACUUGCAUAACCGUCCUCGGACAGUUGUUGAACAUUGCAUGAAGAGGCUUCAUUCAACUGAUCAAUUUGGGUCCGGAGACAUAAUUGGCACAUCUAAGUCUUAUACUGUUAAAAGUACGGAGAAAACAUACCAGGUGACCAUGGGAAGUGAAAAGGAGUUUCCCAGCUGUACAUGUGAAGACUUUCGCAGGAACUUCCUUCCCUGUAAGCACUUUUUUGCUGUCUUCAAGUUUUCGAACCAGAGUUGGAGGAACUUAUCUCCACUGUAUAUUGAGAGUCCCUAUUUAAAUCUUGAUUUUGGUGCAAUUAAUACAACGACCAGAGAGCACGAUAUAGUUGUAUCUUCUGACAUAGCGAAAACUGGAGAUGAAAACCAAGAAAAGGAUGCUACAGGUUUACAAGAGAGCAUAAAACUUCAGAGAGAUGUUGUGGCUAUUUUGAAAGCUUUGCAAAACAAAGCUUACAUUUGCUCAAACAAUGAUGCUCUUAGUAAAUGUAUCCCCAUUCUUAAGAGUGCGGAUGACUUACUGUCAGCAAAUGCUGAAAAGCAGGAGGGGCUGCCACUUAGGCAGGAGGACAAGUUUAGAAACCUGCCAAGAAGAAAAAAACACUUCAAACAGUUUGGAAAGUUUCAAAAAAGAGUUGGCAAGAAGGCAAAGACGAUGAGAGACGCUUCAGUAUUAGACAUAGAUGGGGGUGCAGAUGCUAUGAGUGAUGGGGAUGUUAGAAGAGAAUCAAGGGAAGGUUCACUGCAAGUUGACUGCAAAAGAGGAAAAAAGAAGGCAAAGUCCUUGAAGUUGAAUAAAAAGAAGCAGGAAAAAUAUGAAGAACAUUCUGAUGUUGUGGUGGUGGAAGAAAACGUGAAAGAGAUCAAAGAGCCUUUAAAGUCAACUCAAACAUUUGUGGAACAAGAUGACACAAACGCAUUCAAAUUGGUGAUGAAGUUAUGGUCUUUGAAAGAAGACAAUGAUAUUCCAGUUGCGAAGGUUGGAGGAAAAAAUGUGUGCGACACUGACAUAAGAUCACUUCGGCCUGGUCAGUGGUUGACUGAUAUGGUGAUGGACAGCUACCUUUCAUUAUUGGCAUUAGCUCAAACUGACAUGGGGAAAAAAGUUGUUGACUUCGUUCACACAAAAAUGACCAGUAUAAUUGAAGGUUCUUUUAGGAUAAAAAAGCGAGAUGGAUCAAGAAAAAAUAUGAAGGAAAUUGAGGAACUUAAUGCUGAUAUAAUUCUUGGAACCUAUUACAGAUCAUCUCAUUGGACAUUAGUGGUUGUUGAAAUGAAACUUGGGAAGGUGUAUUUCUACAACCCAUGUGGUGAGAAAGCAGCAGAAAUGAAAAAGAUUGAAAGAAAUUGGAGGAAAUAUAUUGAAGAUUUGCAAACUUUAUUGGGAACUUCUCACAUCCCACCUAGAGAAUGGAGUGUUACAUCUGUUGCCCACUCAAAACAACGGGAUUCAUAUAAUUGCGGAGUGUAUUGUUUAAUAUUUGCAGAGAAGCAUUUAUCAAACAAAUUUGAAGAUCUGAAUUCCAUCAAUGAAUCUGAUUUAAAGACAAUGAGGAUGGCAGUUGCAAAACAUUUAAUGCUGUAUGAAGUGUAUCUGACUGGUUGCUGUCCAAAAUGUGGAUUUGACAUUGGGACUGAGGAAUUUAUCAAAUGCAAGACAUGCCACAGAGCUUUUCAUUUUCGAAGUUAUUGCAUUGAAGAGGAACUUAAGAGUUUGGGAGAGUCUGAGAGGUUUCAAUGUAGACUCUGCAAAAUAAAUUGGCCAGUUCUUAAAGACAGAACAGAAGAAGAGCAAGGGUCAGAAGAAGAGCAAGGGUCAGAAGAAGAGCAAGGGCCAGAGGAGCAAAGGCCAGAGGAAGGGUCAGAAGAAGAGCAAAGGCCAGAGGAAGGGUCAGAAGAAGAGCAAGGGCCAGAGGAGCAAAGGCCAGAGCAACGUUUGGAAAAAGAGCAGGGGCCAGAAGAAGAGCAGGGGCCAGAAGAAGAGAAAGAAGUACAAGACAAGGCAGUCUUUGUGGAUGGAAAAGAAUUGGAGCUUGAGAAUCCAACAGAGAACCUUAAAGGAGAAGAAAAGAGAUACUUCUUUCGAGCAAAUGCUGGGCAAAUAUCCAACUUCAGGAAAGAGAGAAAAAAUGGAUAAAAAAAUACCUAAUACAUGUGGAACAGAUUCCGAGGAGGAAAAUUUGGGAACAUCAGCAGUGGAUUUGUCCUUUAUUAAAAAGCAGGUAAUUAUUCAUCAUUCAAAUCCUAAUUCCGGACAAGUUUAUUGAAUCAAGUGAUUUAUGAUUAUCUUAUAUCGUCAACUGCAUAUUUUUGCACUGAGAAUAUAAUGAUGUUUAUAAUUAAUUUAAUAUGCAUGUACUGUAGAAUCAUCUAAAUCAUUGAGGAUUGUCGACAUUUUAUAAUUCAUUGAGAUGUAAUUUCAUGGGUUUGUUUCUUUGCAUAAUAGAUAAAGAUAUGUUU